AUGGCUAUGUUGAAAUAUUCAGUGAUCGUUCUCGCGGUGAUGGUUUUUACAGUCUGUCGGGGUGUCUUGGUCAACGUAAAGAGUUGUUCUAAAAACUCCAGUGAUGACAUCAUCAAAGUCAGAUCUUUAAAUAUUGACCCGUUCCCUAUGGUAGUCCCAGGCGCUAUCUCAAUGUCCAUGGUCAGCGAUGUCCUGAAACCGAUAGAUGGGAACCUGCGUGCUGAAGUCGUCGUCAAAAGAAAGCUAGGUCCUGGAUGGAUAACCAUUCCUUGCUUCAACGACAUAGGAUCAUGCACCCACCCAGACGUCUGCAGUUACCUCCAGAAUCUGGCCACAAAGGGAUGUCCUAGAAUUUUCAAAGAAAUGAACAUCAGUUGCUCAUGUCCGAUCCCCGCGGGAACCUACACCUUGCCCCACUAUUCUUUCCGCGUCGACAGCAGCUUUUUUGGUAUCAAUUUUCCCAUCCUCGCGGGCGAGUACCAAGCAAACGUGCGCUUCACAGAUACCAACACACAGAAAGUAGUAGGCUGCUUUGAUAUGGAAGCCAAGCUGAUAGAUCCGCCAUCUUCAAGUAUUAUGAGCCGUGUUGGAGACUUUUUCUCCCGUCUGUUUGGAUGA